CAGAAGAGAGCCGUGUCACCGUGGCCAGGCAGUGAAUUUUCGUCUCCCCUGCCGGGAAUGGAUUUCUGCAAAAGCCCGGGGAAGUACAGAGAUGGGCCGAAGGGAGGCUGAACAGACACAGCAAGGAGCCCCUGCAACGGACACAAAUCUUGAAAGAACCAAAGAAAAAGUACAAGAGAACUCCACUCCAGAAAUGGACCCAGACGCCAGCAGUGGGAUUUGUCAUGUCUCACAGAACGUGGACCCCAAAUACGAAGAGCGGAAUGGAGACAGAGCGGUCACACUGAGAGAACAGGAGACGGAAGUCACAGGUGACGAGUAUCUUGACUUUGGCAACUAUCGUCAGGAGACAGGAAACCAGCAGAAAACAAUCAAUUCCUCAGAAGGCGGACUUAAAUCGACAACAAAGGCCAUAAACGGAAGAAGAGACCUCUGGACGCCAUCCGUGGACAGAGAAUCCAAGUUGGAGGUGGUGAAGACAGGACCGCUGUACGACAUUCGGGCUUAUAAAGGGGAGAAGAAGCCUUCCCGACUUUACGAGGAGGACGAGGGAGAGGUGUAUUAUGAACUGCCUCCCGAGAACCUCUCGCCCGAGAAAGCCAAAGAGCUGGAAGAAGAAAGGCAGGAGAUUAUCAAAAGUCAAGCAAUGAAGAAGAGCACCACAAUAGCAGAAAAGGUGACCUCCGUGGACGAGCGGGGACCUCCAAGCCCGGCCUUGCCCAGUGGAGAAAAGGCCGAGACCAAAAGAAGCGAUUCCGUGGGUUUUGCAGUGUGUUUUGACAAACCUCCCCCAGGAUGGGUGAAGACAGUGAUUGACCCCGAAAACAUAGAUACGGAGCAGAUCAAUUUCGCUGCAGCCCGGCAGCAGUUCCUGGCCCUGGAGAAGAGUAAUCCAAACUUGCUCUUGGGACCAAGGAAGCAGGUUAUGUCUCCGAGGCUGCUGGCGGCCCCAAAAAUUUAUGAAAGAGAGCGUCAGGGCCACCCUGCCGUCCUGAAGGACGAUGGAGAUCCUGAUGGGUCUAACCAGAGAGAAUCGGGCCUUUCUAGUGAGAAGGCCGCUUUAGGUAUUCCCCAAAGGAGAAGACCUGGUUCUGAGGAAAGAGCUGCAAUCUAUCAAGACUUUUCUGGAGAAAAUCUGGAUUUGGGGGAAACAGGCGGUGAUUUAAGGACUGAGGUUCAUAAUGGAAGACUACCCCGUAUGAAAUCUGGGAACGCUCCGGAAUUGGCCGGGGACCAAGAUCCUGCCAAAGAGCUGGAGGCCAGGGACGAGACCCCCAUUGAACGGGAAAUCCGCCUGUCCAUGGAGAGGGAAGAGAACCUUUGGCGGGAGAGAGGGAUUCCGAAAGGGAACAGCAGGGACGAGCUGGUCGAGAUCCGAUCCAAGCCUCUCCUCUCGUCCCCCCUCUCUGCCUCGACAUCCUCCAGGAAAAAGAAGGAUCACGCUCGCGUUUCCUUUUAUGUCCAGAGGGAGAUAGAGCAGGAAACCAAACGUGAGGAGGUCCUCCAAAAGGAAGGGAGGCUGCCCGGAGCGUAUGACAAGGGGAUGCCGCAAGAGCUCGGGGAACGCAGGAAAGUCUUUGAGCAAGAGGGGACCCAGCUGCCUUCUGCACACAAACCGGAGAACCUGGGAGAGGUGCAGAAGUCCGCUCCAGAGUCCUUUGCCCAUCCCCACAUAGCCAAUGACAGGGAAAGGAUUGUUCGCCAGGACAUGAACCAAAGCUCUGCGGCCGCCCAGUCAUGUUCUGCGUUGCGCACCAGGCUGGGGGAGGAACCCAGUCAAAGCAGGCGGGGAGAUACUCCUGGGCCCAAACUCUCAAGCAUGAAGGAGACCGCAGGCCCAGAUGCGCAACUGGUGCUGCAGAAGGAACAUUUUGGGGUUCUGAUGCGGAGGACUUCCCCGGAUGACCCACGUGCCAGGAGAACGGAACGGAGGCCCCAGUGGGCAGCUCCACGGGAAGAGCUGUAUACUCUGAAGAUGGGGAAGCCCCGAAUGUCACUCUUGAUUGACCAGGAGAUCCAGGAAGCUCUGCAAAGAGAAGGGGAGCUGCAGGAGCAACGGAGGAAAGGGAGGCUGGACGGGAGCGGAGGUGUGGAGGAGGGCAAGGAGAAGAGCUUCUGCUCUUGCCUACAGUCUCCGAGCUCAGCAGCUUCGGCCGUUGCCGACAGCUCCUUUGUGCCCGGUUCGCCCAUCUUUGCUCCCGGUUCGCCCACAAGGCUUCCUGCCUUGCCUUCUCUGCCCACAGGAAGGUUCCCCUCGGAGUCAGACAGCAAGACUCCCCACAGUCUGAAGCAAUCCCCGAUGGAAGAGGAGAAGAAGAGGAGGCAGCGGGAAGAAGGGAAGCCUCAGCUCAUUGCCAUCAUCGUCCUGGCCUACCCUACAGGACUGUGGUACGGGAUGCAAGAACUGCACUGA